UAAGAAAGGCCCAGGGAGAAGGAAUGGGGAGAAGACUGCAGGGAAGAGACAGGGAAGAGAAGACUACAGGGAAGAAGAUGGGGAGAACACGAUGCGAAGAGGCUGGGGAGAGUCCCUCCUGCAGAAGACCUGAGAACUGGCAUGGAAGAAGGGCUGGAAGAGCCGAAAAGACGGAGAGAAAAGGAGGUGCAGAAUGGAGGAGGCGGCGCCCCGGCGGCGGCGGACGGACGGACCGAUCGACGGCGGAGCAAGCGAGCACGGACUGACGGCCGCCGCCCCGAGGGGAUUGCGGGCCCGCGGUAGCUGCGGUGGACGAUGCGCGGCCCCAGGCCCCGCGCGGGCGGGCGCUGCCCCGGGGGCUGACCGCGGGGUGCCCCGGCCCCGGGCGAGGAGCCCGCGCAGAGGUCACGGAGCGUGAAUUGCAGUGAGGGCCCAAACUGAACCCGAUCCAAAGCCUAAUAUCCAACUGGGCCCACAGUCUGGCCUGGAGCUGGAGACCCAGCCCCAGCUGGACUGCCCCUGUCAUGCAGAAGGAACUGGGCACUGCGCCCUCUUGCCCUGGCAUGAAGAGUGCUAGGCCCUUUCUCUUGCUAUCACUGCUGCCACCACUUCUGCUGCUGGGGGUCGGGGUGCCAGGCGCCUGGGGUCAGGCGGGCAGCCUAGACCUGCAGAUUGAUGAGGAGCAACCAGCAGGCACACUCAUCGGAGACAUCAGUGCAGGGCUUCCAGAGGGCACAGCAACUCCGCCCAUGUACUUCAUCUCAGCCCAGGAAGGCAGCGGCGUGGGCACAGACCUGGCUAUUGAUGAACACAGUGGGGUUGUCCGUACAGCACGUGUCUUAGACCGUGAGCGGCGGGACCGCUACCGCUUCACUGCAGUCACCCCUGAUGGUGCCACUGUGGAAGUUACAGUACGAGUGGCUGACAUCAAUGACCAUGCUCCAGCCUUCCCUCAAGCGCGGGCUGCCCUGCAGAUACCUGAACAUACAGCUCUUGGCACCCGCUACCCACUGGACCCUGCUCGUGAUGCAGAUGCUGACCACCUAGGAACCCAGGGCUAUGCACUAUCUGGUGAUGGAGCUGGAGAGACCUUCCGACUGGAGACACGCCCUGGUCCAGACGGGGCUCCAGUACCUGAGCUGGUAAUUGCUGGGGAGCUGGAUCGAGAGAAUCGCUCACACUACAUGUUGCAGCUAGAGGCCUACGAUGGUGGUUUGCCUCCCCGGAGGGCCCAGGCCCUGUUAGAUGUGACGCUACUGGAUAUCAAUGACCAUGCCCCAGCUUUCAACCAGAGUCGCUAUCAUGCUGUGGUAUCUGAGAGCCUGGCCCCUGGUAGUCCCGUCUUGCAGGUUUUUGCUGCUGAUGCUGAUGCUGGUGCCAAUGGAGCUGUAACUUAUGAGAUAAAUCGAAGGCAGAGCGAGGGGGAUGGGCCUUUCUCCAUUGACGCACACACAGGGCUGCUGCGGCUGGAACGGCCCCUGGAUUUUGAACAACGACGGGUUCAUGAACUGGUAGUACAGGCACGGGAUGGUGGGGCUCACCCAGAGCUGGGCUCAGCUUUUGUGACUGUACACGUGCGAGAUGCCAAUGACAAUCAGCCCUCCAUGACUGUCAUCUUUCUGAGUGCAGAUGGCACCCCCCGAGUGUCUGAGGCUGCCCCACCUGGACAGCUUGUUGCUCGCAUCUCUGUUUCAGACCCAGAUGAUGGUGACUUUGCUCAUGUCAAUGUGUCUCUGGAGGGUGGAGAGGGCCAUUUUGCUCUAAGCACUCAAGACAGUGUCAUUUACCUGGUGUGUGUGGCUCGGCAGCUUGACCGAGAAGAGAGGGAUGCCUAUAACUUGCGGGUUACAGCUACAGACUCAGGCUCACCCCCACUGCGGGCUGAAGCUGCCUUCGUGCUGCACAUCACUGAUGUCAAUGACAAUGCACCUACCUUUGACCGCCAGCUCUACCGACCUGAACCACUACCUGAGGUUGCACUGCCUGGCAGCUUCGUGGUGCGGGUGACUGCCCGGGAUCCUGACCAAGGCACCAAUGGUCAGGUCACCUAUAGCCUGGCCCCUGGCACUCACACACGCUGGUUUUCUAUCGACCCCACCUCAGGCAUCAUCACCACUGCCGCCUCACUGGACUAUGAGUUGGAACCUCAGCCACAGGUGAUUGUGGUUGCCACAGAUGGGGGCCUGCCACCUCUUGCCUCCUCUGCCACAGUUAGCGUGGCUCUACAGGAUGUGAAUGACAAUGAGCCCCAGUUCCAAAGGACCUUCUACAAUGCCUCACUGCCUGAGGGUACUCAGCCUGGAACCUGUUUCCUGCAGGUGACAGCCACAGAUGCAGAUAGUGGCCCAUUUGGCCUCCUCUCCUAUUCCUUGGGUGCUGGACUUGGGGCCUCUGGGCCUCCCCCGUUUCGCAUCGAUGCCCACAGUGGUGAUGUGUGCACUACCCGAAUCCUAGACCGUGACCAGGGGCCCUCAAGCUUUGACUUCACAGUGACAGCAGUAGAUGGGGGAGGCCUCAAGUCCAUGGUAUAUGUGAAGGUGUUCGUGUCAGAUGAGAAUGACAACCCACCUCAAUUUUAUCCACGGGAGUAUGCUGCCAGUCUGAGUGCCCAGAGUACACCAGGCACAGCUGUGCUGAGAGUGCGUGCCCAUGACCCUGACCAAGGACCCCAUGGGCGACUCUCCUACCACAUUUUGGCUGGCAAUAGCCCCCCACUUUUUGCCUUGGAUGAGCACUCAGGACUAUUGACAGUAGCCUGGCCCUUGGCCAGACGGGCUAAUUCUGUGGUGCAGCUGGAGAUUGGGGCCCAGGAUGGAGGUGGACUAAAGGCAGAACCCAGUGCCCGAGUCAACAUCAGCAUUGUGCCCGGAAGCCCCACACCACCUAUAUUUGAGCAACUACAGUAUGUUUUUUCUGUACCAGAAGAUGUAGCACCAGGCACCAGUGUGGGCAUGGUCCAGGCACACAACCCACCAGGUCGCUUGGGACCUGUGACUCUUGCCCUGUCAGGUGGAGAUCCUCGGGGACUCUUUUCCUUGGAUUCGGCCUCAGGACUGUUACAAACACUUCGCCCUCUGGACCGGGAGCUUCUGGGACCUGUGCUGGAACUGGAGGUACGAGCAGGCAGUGGAGUGCCUCCGGCUUUCGCUGUAACUCGCGUGCGUGUGCUGCUGGAUGAUGUGAAUGACAACUCCCCUGCCUUCCCUGCACCUGAAGACACAGUAUUGCUGCCACCGAACACUGCCCCAGGGACACCAAUUUAUACACUACGGGCUCUGGAUCCUGACUCAGGUGUUAACAGUCGAGUCACUUUUACCCUGCUUGCUGGAGGUGAUGGGGCCUUCACAGUGGAUGCUUCCACAGGCCAUGUACGACUUAUGCGACCUCUGGGACCCCUAAGUGGGGCAGCCCAUGAGCUGGAACUAGAGGCCCGGGAUGGGGGCUCCCCACCACGUACCAGCCACUUUCGACUUCGGGUGGUAUUACACGACUUGGGGACCCGUGGGCUGGCUCCCCGAUUUGAUAGUCCUACCUACCGUGUGGACUUGCCCUCAAGCACCACUCCUGGAACUCAGGUCUUGCAACUGCAAGCUCAGACACCAGAUGGGAGUCCUGUUACCUAUCACCUUGCAGCAGAUGGAGCAAGCAGCCUCUUUGGUCUGGAGUCACAGAGUGGGUGGCUAUGGGUUCGGGCACCACUGGACCGUGAGUCCCAGGAGUUAUAUACACUGAAGAUAAUGGCAGUAUCUGGGUCCAAAACCGAGUUGGGGCAACAGACAAGCACAGCCACUGUGAGGGUCAGCAUCCUCAACCAGAAUGACCAUAGUCCCCGCUUGUCUGAAGAGCCUACUUUCUUAGCUGUGACUGAGAACCAGCCCCCAGGGACCAGUGUGGGCCGGGUCUUUGCCACUGAUCGAGACUCUGGACCUAAUGGACGUCUGACCUACAGCCUGCGACAGCUGUCAGAGGAUAGUAAGGCCUUCCGUAUCCACCCUCAGACUGGAGAAGUGACCACACUCCAAACCCUGGACCGAGAGCAGCAGAGCAGCUUCCAGCUCCUGGUGCAGGUGCAGGAUGGGGGGAGCCCACCCCGCAGCACCACAGGCACGGUGCACAUUGCAGUUCUCGACCUCAAUGACAACAGCCCCACCUUCCUGCAGGCGUCAGGGGCUGCUGGUGGGGGCCUCCCUAUUCAGGUACCAGAUCGUGUACCUCCAGGAACACUAGUAACAACUUUGCAGGCCAAGGAUCCAGAUGAGGGGGAAAAUGGGACCAUCCUGUACACACUAACAGGUCCUGGCUCAGAGCUCUUCUCUCUGCAUCCUCACUCAGGGGAGCUGCUCACUGCAGCAUCCCUGAUCCGAGCAGAGCGGCCCCACUAUGUGCUAACACUGAGUGCUCACGACCAAGGCAGUCCUCCUCGGAGUGCCAGCAUGCAGCUUCUGGUUCAGGUGCUUCCCUCGACUCGCGUGGCAGAGCCCCCACCGGAUCUCUCAGAGCCAGACCCGGCAGCACCAGUUCCGGUGGUUCUCACCGUAACUGCAGCUGAAGGGCUUCUGCCUGGAUCGUUGUUGGGCUCCGUGGCUCCUCUGGAGCCGGCGGCUGUGGGCGCACUCACCUACACACUGGUUGGUGGCGUUGAUCCUGAGGGCACCUUCGCUCUGGACGCGGCCACGGGGCGCCUGUACCUGGCAAGGCCUUUGGACUUCGAGGCUGGCCCUGCUUGGCGCGCACUCACAGUGCGAGCUGAGGGCCCCGGAGGCGCGGGCGCGCGACUAUUGCGCGUGCAAGUGCGCGUGCAGGACGAGAACGAGCACGCGCCCACCUUCGCGCGCGAUCCACUGGCCCUGGCGCUGCCCGAGAACCCAGAGCCCGGCAUAGCUCUGUACACCUUUCGUGCAUCAGACGCCGAUGGCCCAGGCCCCAACAGCGACGUGCGCUAUCGCCUGCUGCGCCAGGAGCCGCCGGUGCCGGCCCUUCGCCUGGAUGCUCGCACGGGGGCGCUCAGCGCACCGCGCGGCCUGGACCGGGAGACAACACCCGCGCUGCUGCUGCUCGUGGAGGCCACCGACCGGCCAGCCAACGCGAGCCGCCGCCGAGCAGCACGCGUGUCCGUGCGCGUCUUUGUCACAGAUGAAAACGACAACUCGCCAGUCUUCACCUCCCCCUCACGCGUGCGUCUCCCGGAGGAUCAACCGCCCGGCCCCGUAGCGCUGCACCUGGUGGCAAGGGAUCCAGACCUGGGGGAGGCCGCACGCGUGUCGUAUCGCUUGGCGUCUGGCGGGGAUGGCCAUUUCCGGCUUCACUCAAGCACUGGAGCGCUGUCUGUGGUGCGGCCCCUUGACCGGGAACAGAGAGCUGAGCAUGUCCUGACCGUGGUGGCCUCAGACCAUGGUUCCCCUCCGCGGUCGUCCACGCAGCUCCUGACCGUCAGUAUCGUUGACGUCAACGAUGAGGCACCCACUUUCCAGCAGCAGGAGUACAGCGUCCUCUUGCGGGAGAACAGCCCGCCUGGCACAUCCCUGCUCACUUUGAGAGCCACCGAUCCGGACUUGGGGGCCAAUGGGCAAGUGACUUAUGGAGGCAUCUCUGGUGAGAAUUUUUCUCUAGACCCAAACACGGGAGUUCUCACUACCCUUCGGGCCCUGGAUCGUGAGGAGCAAGAGGAGAUCAACCUGACAGUAUAUGCACGGGACAGGGGCUCACCCCCGCUGUUAACUCAUGUGACAGUGCGAGUGGCUAUAGAGGAUGAAAAUGAUCAUGCUCCAGCCUUCGGGAAUGCUCAACUCUCCCUGGAAGUGCCAGAGGGUCAGGACCCCCAGACCCUCACCAUACUUCGGGCCUCUGACCCAGAUGUGGGAGCCAAUGGACAGCUGCAGUACCGCAUUGUGGAUGGGGAUCCAUCAGGAGCCUUUGUCCUAGAUCUUGACUCUGGAGAGUUUGGUACCAUGAGGCCACUAGACCGAGAGGUGGAGCCAGCAUUCCAGCUGCGGAUAGAGGCUCGGGAUGGAGGGCAGCCAGCUCUCAGUGCCACUCUACUUGUGACAGUGACCGUUCUGGAUGCCAAUGACCAUGCCCCAGCCUUUCCUGUGCCGGCCUAUUCAGUUGAAGUGCCCGAGGAUGCACCUGCAGGGACCCUGCUGAUACAGCUGCAGGCUCAUGACCCUGAUGCUGGGGCCAACGGCCAUGUGACGUACUAUCUGGGUGCAGGUACAGCAGGAACCUUCCUGCUAGAGCCUACUUCUGGGGAGCUGCGCACAGCCACUGCACUGGAUAGAGAACACUGUUCUAGCUAUGCCUUUUCGGUGAGCGCAGUGGAUGGUGCUGCUGCCGGACCCUUGAGCACCACAGUACCUGUUACCAUCACAGUGCGAGAUGUCAAUGACCAUGCACCCACUUUCCCCACCAGUCCUCUGCGUCUGCGCCUACCCCGCCCAGGCCCCAGCCUCAGCACCCCAACUCUGGCUCUGGCCACAUUGCGAGCUGAAGAUCGUGAUGCUGGUGCCAACGCCUCCAUCCUAUACCGGCUGGCAGGCACACCACCUCCUGGCACCACUGUGGAUUCUUACACUGGUGAAAUCCGUGUGGCCCGUUCUCCUGUAACUCUAGGCCCCCGGGAUCGUGUCCUCUUCAUUGUGGCUACUGACCUUGGUCGUCCCGCUCGCUCUGCCACUGGUGUGGUCAUUGUUGGUCUUCAGGGGGAGUCUGAACAUGGACCCCGCUUUCCACGGGCUAGUAGUGAGGCUGUGCUUCGUGAAAAUGCCCCCCCAGGGACCCCUGUCAGCUCCCCCAAAGCUGUUCAUGCUGGGGGUUCAAAUGGACCGAUCACCUACAGCAUUCUCAGUGGGAAUGAGAAAGGGAUAUUCUCCAUCCAGCCUAGUACAGGAGCCAUCACAGUGCAUUCAGCAGAGGGCCUGGACUUUGAGACAAGCCCCCGGCUACGACUGGUGCUGCAGGCAGAGAGUGGAGGCGUCUUUGCCUUCUCUGUGCUGACCCUGACCCUGCAAGACACCAAUGACAAUGCUCCCCGUUUCCUGCAGCCCCAUUAUGUGGCUUUCCUACCAGAGUCUCGACCAUUGGAGGGACCCCUGCUGCAGGUGGAGGCAGAUGACCUGGAUCAAGGUUCUGGAGGGCAGAUAUCUUACAGUCUGGCUGCAUCCCAGCUAGCACGGGGCUUAUUCCAUGUAGACCCAUCCACAGGCACUAUCACUACCACAGCCAUCCUAGAUCGUGAGAUCUGGGCUGAAACACGGCUUGUGCUGAUGGCCACAGACAGAGGAAGCCCAUCCCUGGUGGGCUCAGCUACCCUGACAGUGAUGGUCAUUGAUACCAAUGACAAUCGUCCCACCAUCCCUCAACCCUGGGAACUCCGAGUGUCAGAAGAUGCACUGUUGGGCUCAGAGAUUGCACAGGUAACAGGGAAUGAUGUGGACUCUGGACCAGUGCUGUGGUAUGUGCUGAGCCCAUCUGGGCCCCAGGAUCCCUUCAGUAUUGGCCGUUAUGGGGGCCGUGUCUCCCUCAUGGGCCCCCUGGACUUUGAGCAGUGUGAUCACUACCACCUGCAGCUGCUGGCACACGAUGGACCUCAUGAGGGCCGUGCCAACCUCACAGUACUUGUGGAGGAUGUCAAUGACAAUGCACCUACCUUCUCACAGAGCCUGUACCAGGUAAUGCUGCUUGAACACACACCCCCAGGCAGUGCCAUUCUGUCUGUUUCUGCCACUGACCGCGACUCAGGAGCCAAUGGUCACAUCUCCUACUACCUAGCUUCACCAGCUGAGGGCUUCAGUGUUGAUCCCAACAAUGGAACUUUGUUCACAACGGUGGGAACAGUGGGCUUUGGCCAUGAGGGACCAGGAGUGGUGGAUGUGGUGCUGGAAGCACGGGAUCAUGGGGCUCCAGGCCGGGCAGCACGGGCCACAGUGCAUGUGCAGCUGCAGGAUCAGAAUGACCACACCCCAAGCUUCACCUUGCCACACUACCGUGUAGCUGUGAGUGAAGAUCUGCCCCCAGGUUCCACCCUGCUCACCCUGGAGGCCACAGAUGCUGACGGAAGCCGCACUCAUGCCACUGUGGACUACACCAUCAUCAGUGGCAACCGUGGUCGGGUCUUCCAGCUAGAACCCCGGCUGGCUGAGGCUGGAGAAGGUGUUGGACCAGGUCCUCAGGCAUUAGGAUGCCUGGUGUUGCUUGAGCCUCUAGACUUUGAAAGCCUGACACAAUAUAAUCUAACUGUGGCUGCAGCUGACCGGGGCCAGCCACCCCGCAGUUCAGCUGUGCCAGUCACUGUCACUGUACUAGAUGUCAAUGACAACCCACCUGUCUUUACCCAAGCAUCCUACCGUGUGACAGUACCUGAGGACAUGCCUGUUGGAGCUGAGCUGCUGCAUGUGGAGGCCUCUGAUGCGGACCCUGGACCUCAUGGCCUUGUGCGUUUCACCCUUAGCUCAGGUGACCCUUUGGGGCUCUUUGAGUUGGAUGAGAACUCAGGCGCCUUGCGACUGGCCCAGUCCCUGGACUGUGAGACCCAAACUCGACACCAGCUUGUAGUACAGGCUGCUGACCCUGCUGGGACACAUUUUGCUCUGGCUCCAGUGACAGUUGAAGUCCAGGAUGUGAAUGACCAUGGUCCAGCUUUCCCACUGAACAUACUCAGUACCAGCCUCGCAGAGAAUCAGCCUCCAGGGACUCUUGUGACCACUCUACAUGCAAUUGAUGGGGAUGCUGGGGCUUUUGGGAGGCUCCACUACAGCCUGCUAGAGGCUGGGCCAGGUCCUGAGGGUCGUGAGGCAUUUGCACUGAACAGCUCAACAGGAGAGUUGCGGGCACGAGUGCCUUUCGACUAUGAGCACACAGGAAGCUUCCGGCUGCUGGUGGGUGCUGCUGAUGCUGGGAAUCUCUCAGCCUCUGUCACUGUGUCAGUCCUGGUGACUGGAGAGGAUGAGUAUGAUCCUGUAUUCCUGGCUCCAGCUUUCCACUUCCAAGUGCCAGAAGGUGCCCAGCGUGGCCACAGCGUGGGUCAUGUGCAGGCCACAGAUGAGGAUGGGGGUGCUGAUGGCCUGGUGCUCUAUUCCCUUGCCACUUCUUCCCCUUAUUUUGGUAUCAACCAGACUACAGGUGUCCUAUACCUGCGGGUGGACAGUCGGGCACCAGGCAGCGGAACAACCACUACUGGGGGUGGGGGUCGGACCCGGCGGGAGGCCCCACGGGAGCUGAGGUUGGAGGUGGUAGCUCGGGGACCUCUGCCUGGUUCCCGGAGUGCCACAGUGCCUGUGACUGUGGAUAUCACCCAUACUGCACUGGGCCUGGCACCUGAUCUCAACCUGCUAUUGGUUGGGGCUGUGGCAGCCUCCUUGGGAGUUGUAGUGGUACUUGCACUAGCAGCCCUGGUUCUAGGGCUGGUUCGAGCUCGAAACCGCAAGGCUGAGGCAGCCCCUGGCCCAAUGUCACAGGCAGCACCCUUAGCCAGUGGCUCCCUGCAGAAACUCGGCCGGGAGCCACCUAGUCCACCACCUUCAGAGCAUUUGUAUCACCAGACUCUCCCCAGCUACGGUGCACCAGGAGCUGGAGGACCUUACCCCCGUGGUGGCUCCCUGGACCCAUCACACUCGAGUGGCCGAGGCUCAGCAGAGGCUGCAGAAGAUGAUGAGAUUCGCAUGAUCAACGAGUUCCCCCGUGUGGCCAGUGUGGCCUCCUCCCUGGCGGCCCGGGGCCCCGACUCAGGCAUCCAGCAGGAUGCAGAUGGACUGAGUGACACGUCCUGUGAGCCACCUGCCCCUGACACAUGGUAUAAGGGCCGAAAGGCAGGGCUGCUGCUGCCCGGUACAGGAACCACACUGUACCGAGAGGAGGGACCCCCAGCCCCUGCCACAGCUUUCCUGGGGGGCUGUGGCCUAAGCCCCGCACCCACUGGAGACUAUGGCUUCCCAGCAGAUGGCAAGCCGUGCGUGGCAGGUGCGCUGACGGCCAUUGUAGCUGGGGAGGAGGAGCUCCGUGGCAGCUAUAACUGGGACUACCUGCUGAGCUGGUGCCCUCAGUUCCAACCACUGGCCAGUGUCUUCACAGAGAUCGCUCGGCUCAAGGAUGAAGCUCGGCCAUGUCCCCCUGCUCCCCGUAUCGACCCACCACCCCUCAUCACUGCUGUGGCCCACCCAGGAGCCAAGUCUGUGCCCCCCAAGCCUGCAAGCACAGCUGCCACCAGGGCCAUCUUCCCACCAACUUCUCACCGCUCCCCCAUCAGCCAUGAAGGCUCCCUGUCCUCUGCCGCCAUGUCCCCCAGCUUCUCACCCUCGCUGUCUCCUUUGGCUGCUCGCUCACCUGUUGUCUCACCAUUUGGGGUGGCCCAGGGCCCCUCAGCCUCAGCCCUCAGCGCAGAGUCUGGCCUGGAGCCACCUGAUGACACAGAGCUGCACAUCUAGCUGCGGCCCAGGCUGGGCCCCGACCUGGGAUGCGAACAGUGUCCCCAAUGCAGGCCCCACUCUGAGCCUGCCCUGGGCAGCCUCGGACCAUGACUGGCCAUGAGGAGGCCACCAGCAAGUCCCAACUCUUCACCCCAAACUCCUCCAGUGGGGGCAGGUCCCACAUUUCACCCCAACCUUCAGAACACUGGGGCCAGAGGCUCUGUUGGUCACUGACCUGUGGCUAGGUCCAGUGUGGGGAGAAAUAUGAAGGAGGCAGCAGCUCUCGGUUCUCAGUGAGGACUUCCUGCCUGCACCAGCAACCUAAAAUGGAGCAGAGACUUUAUUUAUUGUGGGGUAGGGGAAUGAGGGAGGUACCUCCAAACUUUGGGCCCAGCUCCUUUGGGUUCCACGGACAUCCCUGCCCCUGCCCAGAACAAGUGCCAAUUCUCACUCUGGAGCCUUAAUAAACUGCAGUUUGUAUCCA